AUAAGUGUGAAUAUAAUCUAAAUUAUUGUGUUCACAUCUUAACACUUAGGCCAAGAAAGUUGUCAAAAGCAUAAAACAUCCUGAGGGUAAAUAAGAUGCUCAAGACCAAAGUUCAAGCAUUACCAAUGGGAUUGCAUGGAAGAUUCAUAGAGAAUAAUGAAAUCAUAAGAUGUCUUACCAUUGUUGUCAUUUGGCUACCCAAUGCAGAGAGAGAAGAUGGUAAAGAAUCAGAGGUUCAGAGUGCUAAGCCAUUUAUAGGUUCAGAAUCCACCCUUCGAGCUCCCUCAAGGGCAGUCUUCUCUCCUGGUUCAAACCCUCAGCUCCAUGAUAAUGAAGACAAAGCUCGAGGGCUGCAGACCCAAGAACAGCUGCCUCCAAGGCCAACAAUGCAACUAAAGGCACCACCAAUAUUUGGUCCAGUUCCUAGUUAUCCAACAGAGCCACAACCUGACAACAGCCAACCCCCAGGCUCUGAAAGGCCUGGCACCCAUCACUUCCAACAAAGUUUUGAUAGGCAAGGCACCCCACAACCAGAAUCUAGCCAGUUUUCAGAAAAGCAGCAGCGUCACAUGCCUGAGAACCACUUUCCGGAAUACCCCUAUAUGCAUUCCAUGCAACCACCUAAUUUCAACAUGCCAAUGAAUUCAAACCCAGUAUUGCCUCCAUAUGGUAUUCACCCAUUUCCAACUAAUAGAGCUCAACCAUUUCCUGCUAAUACCUCCGAGAUGGCUAGGCCAAAUUCACCACCAGAUGUCAGAGCGGAACGAAGGUCAUUAUUGGGCUACCCACCAGGUUUUGCAAAUUAUCAAAGUGAUUAUGGACAAAAUCCCGGAGGCUUAAUGAUGAUUCCUCCUUCCCCAGCAUCUGCAGGAAGUAAUGCCAUGGAUCCUUGGGGUGCCAAAGGUAUACUGGCACCUCAGCCCAUGCAAGUUCAGCCGCCACCACCACCACCACCUCAUAUGUCACAAAUUAAACAAGGUAAGCUCCACUCCGCUGAUAUCGGUCAUGACGCGCAGGGCUUUGGGUGGCGGCAUGAGAACCAUGACAAUUUUGGAGAUAACCAGGACUAGGAGCAGUUUAUCCUGGUAGUCCCGUGAUACCAUUAUUCUUUCUGAACUCAUCAUAUUCAUUUCGUUUUGCAAUGGGCAUUUCUUUUUCCCUGCAUCUGUUUUUUGCCCUUGUUUGCAAAAUGCUGAUAUGCAUGUAGGGUUAUGUUCUUUCUUCAGAAAAUUUUCAAUUAACAUUCAGUUGUUAA